AUGAGUAUACAGCCACUUCAACGAAAGAAAUCAAAAGAAACAACAGAUGCUUGUUCAAUUGGAACGUAUAAAUCGACCAUUAGCAAUAAUCAACGAUGUGAGCCAUGUCCAUUAAAUAGUUAUACAAAAGAUAAAGGUGCAUCAUCUUGCCUAUGCAAUGAUGGAUUUUUCCGUCUCAAUACUUCUUUGUCGAAGUCUGCUUGUAUUGGAAGUCCAAUUGAACCACAGAAUGUCACUGUCGAUGACAUCGAUCAAGCAUCAGUCAAGAUCUCUUGGAAACAACCGAUCGAAACUUCGAAUGAUAUUGUUUAUCGGAUUGAAUGCAAUCAUUUAAUUGAAGGACGCUCUGUUCCAUGUGAAUCUUACAUUUCAUACUAUCCAAAUCGAACAUUUAUCAACAGUACAAGUGUGCAAAUCUUGGGACUUGAUGCCGAUACGAACUACAAUGUUGAAGUGUAUGCCGAACAACUAUCUACACAUUUGCUAAGUAAAUCUGUCGAUCUCUCGUUUACAACCAAACGGCCAAUACCGAAACUAAUUCGUGAUAUCAACGUUCGACGUAUUUCAUUGAAUACCAUUUUAAUCACUUGGUCAUCGAAUGAUUUUGAUCUGUAUCAAAUUCGUUAUUGGCCGUUCAUUGACGAACAUCAUAAAUCUCUUGUAACGUUAUUGCACAAUAAUUUCACUCUGAUAACUACGUCAGAUAAUUAUAAAUUUCAACUACGCGGCCGGACACGUUUCGGUUGGAGUUUAUACACCCAUGAGAAAGUUCUUUCGCUCAGUUCGAUUUUAUCUGAUGAGCAUUUUUUGACAAGUGCAAAAUUAACGAAUAUGUCAGCAAAGAUUACAGAAAAUAAGAAUAUUCUGCUCGUUGGCCCAUUGAUUAUUUUGAUAUUAUUAGUCACUGUUAUUAUCUUAGCAAUUGUGUAUUCGAAAAAGAAACGUUCAUGCCGUCUGAAAACUGCCAGUGAUUGCGAAUCAUUAGAUUAUCAAAAACGACAAGUAAUUACAGGUGGCUAUCGGCCAAUGCUGUUACGCUAUUCAAGUAAUCCAGCAAACAAAUCUAUAACUCAAUUGAGUGGUCAUUAUGGGCCUGAUGCAUUCUUCAAUUCUGGCUGGUCAGCACCAUUAUGGCCUCCAAUUCCGACAACAGCAAAGACAUAUAUUGAUCCUCAUACGUAUGAAGAUCCCACGAAAGCGGUGAAAGAUUUUUCACGAGAACUAGAUCCAAAUUUGAUUGUUAUUGAAUCAGUUAUUGGUGGAGGCGAAUUCGGCGAUGUCUGUCGCGGUCGACUACGUAAACCUAACUUACUAAAAGAUGUACCCGUUGCUAUCAAAACACUGAAACAAGGUGCAACAGAGAAGACACGCUUAGAUUUUCUAUCUGAAGCGAGCAUCAUGGGGCAAUUCGAUGACGAAAACGUUAUCUAUCUGGAAGGUGUUGUUACCAAACAUCAUCCGAUCAUGAUUGUUACAGAAUACAUGGAAAAUGGUUCGUUAGAUGCAUACCUUCGAACGAAUGAAGGAAAUAAGCUACUUGAUGCCUUACAAUUAACUCGGAUGUUACGUGGUAUCGCAUCGGGAAUGAGAUAUUUAUCAGAUAUGAAAUAUGUACAUCGAGAUUUGGCUGCACGAAAUAUUCUUGUAAAUAAAGACCUUGUAUGUAAAGUGGCUGAUUUUGGUUUAAGUCGCGAAAUUGACGAAGGUGAUAGUUAUACUACUAAAGGUGGAAAAAUUCCAAUCAGAUGGACAGCUAUAGAAGCCAUUGAUUAUCGAAAGUUUACAUCGGCAUCAGAUGUAUGGAGUUUCGGUGUACUGUCGUGGGAAGUGCUUUCAUUUGGUGAAAGACCAUUUUGGAAUUGGUCGAAUCAAGAUGUAAUCAAAGCAAUUAAGAAUUACUAUCGACUUCCACCUCCUAUGGGUUGUCCCGACGUACUAUAUCGUCUGAUGCUCGCGUGUUGGAAUGAAGAUUAUCUACAGAGACCAAAAUUCGCAGAAAUCGUUCAACAGUUAACGCAAUUUAUUCAAAUACCUAGUCGUCUUGUUCCAUUAGCAAAGCAAAGAUUCCUUAUCGAUCAUCCUGAUCAUCCCGAUUUUACUCAGAUGGCAUCUAUCAAUAACAGUGUGACCAUUGUCUAA